AUGAACACUAGCUCAAGCGAACCUAUCGCCAUUGUAGGAAGCGGUUGUCGCUUCCCUGGUGGCUCCUCCUCACCGGCACGACUGUGGGAGCUGCUGCGUGCACCCAGAGAUGUGAGUAGCGAUAUUCCAGAAGAUCGGUUCAGCUGGAAAGGGUUUUAUCAUCCCGAUGGCUCUCACCAUGGAACGACAAACACCAAGCAAGCCUAUUUUAUUGAAGAUGGCAUCCGCAAGUUCGAUGCGCAGUUUUUCAACAUCCCUCCUGCUGAGGCGGACGCAAUCGAUCCUCAGCAGAGGUUGUUACUCGAGACAGUAUAUGAGGCAAUUGAGUCUGCAGGUAUGACCCUUGAAGAUAUGCAAGGAACGGAAACAGCUGUUUUUGUGGGAAUGAUGGGUUGCGACUACGCAGACGUUGUGCUAGGAGAUUUGGAAUGUGCGCCGACUUAUACGGGUACUGGGACGGCCCGCAGUAUCCAUUCUAACCGAGUGUCUUAUUUCUUCGAUUGGCAUGGCCCGUCCAUGACUAUUGAUACUGCUUGUUCUUCCAGUAUGAUGGCAAUCUACCUAGCGGUGCAAGCCUUACGAAACGAUGAUGCCCCUGUAGCCAUUGCAGCUGGGGCGUCGUUGAUCAUCGGACCUGACAACUACGUGAUUCUCAGUAAUCUCAAUAUGCUCGCUCCAGACGGUCGGGCUAAAAUGUGGGAUGCCGGGGCUAAUGGGUACGCACGAGGAGAGGGAGUUGGCGUAGUUGUCCUUAAAAGACUCAGUGCCGCAUUGAGAGACGGUGAUCCCAUCGAGUGUAUCAUCCGGGAAGUCUGCGUUAAUCAAGACGGUCGUACCCAAGGCAUCACCAUGCCAAAUGAGUUGGCGCAGGCAGCUCUCAUCCGCCGGACGUAUGAACGUGCUGGCCUGGAUCCCAAUAGCCCUCGAGACCGUCCCCAGUAUUUUGAGGCUCAUGGUACCGGAACCCCUGCGGGGGAUCCCAAGGAAGCAGAGGCAAUUGCUAAAGCAUUCUUUGGGGUGAAUGACGGUUCCACUGAUCCAAAUCCAAUGUAUGUUGGAUCGGUCAAAACAGUCAUUGGCCACACUGAAGGCGCCGCUGGCAUUGCAGGAAUCUUGAAGACAUCAUUAGCGCUACAACAUGGUUUAAUUGCGCCCAACUUACUUUUUGAUACGCUUAGCCCGGCUGUCGCAGUAUUCACAAAGCAACUGAGAGUACCGACUUCUCUUAUUGCUUGGCCAGCAGUUCCAGGGGGUGGUCCAAGAAGAGCCAGCGUGAACAGUUUUGGAUUUGGUGGAUCGAACGGUCACGCCAUUCUGGAAAGCUUUGUGCCAGUAUCGCAGGUUGCGGAAUCUGAUGACCCGGGAGAAGUGUCUUUCUCACCUUUCACAUUCUCCGCGCCGUCAGAACGUGCCCUCAUAUCUACUCUCACUGCCUUUGCGGAACACCUGCAAAACACCCCUAAGCUUAAUAUGCGAGACCUAGCAUACACCCUACAGACUCGCAGAUCAGCCUUCCCAUUUCGCACGACCUUUUGGGCUGCAACAACUGCUCAACUUGUCGACAAAAUAAACGAGAGACUACAAAUGUCCAACUCUAAGGAGACCACUCCGCUUAGCAUCCGAGCCCUUUCACGACCUAGUGGCAGGGUUCUUGGCAUCUUCACAGGUCAAGGUGCGCAAUGGGUUGGAAUGGGCAUGGAGCUUGUCCAACGCUCCUCCUAUGCUAGGAGCAUCGUUGUCGAGCUUCAGCAAUCUCUAGAAGACUUGCCAGAGGAAGACAGACCGGCAUGGUCCCUUACUGAACAACUAGCCGCGGGGUCUGAAACCUCUCGACUCGGCGAGGCCGCCAUUGCACAGCCGCUUUGUACGGCAAUCCAAAUUAUGCUGGUACGUUUGCUACGACACGCUGGCAUUGAGUUCGCUGCUGUAGUCGGCCAUUCAUCUGGUGAGAUCGCCGCUGCCUACGCAGCAGGCUUCCUAACAUCUGGCCAAGCCAUACGGAUAGCAUAUUACCGGGGCCUAUGGGCGAAGUUGGCAAAAGGCCCAAAUGAAGAAAGAGGUGCUAUGUUAGCAGUUGGUACCUCUCUAGAGCGUGCCGAGCAGCUUUGCAGUCACCCAGAUUUCAAAGGGCGAAUCACUGUUGCAGCUUCUAACUCACCCGCCAGUGUUACGCUUUCGGGGGAUAAGGAUGCCAUUGAUGUAGCGAAGCUACGGCUAGAUGAAGACAAAGUGUUUGUGCGUAUGCUUCGUGUUGAUACCGCCUACCAUUCCCACCAUAUGAUUCCAUCCGCACAGUCUUAUGUUCAAUCCCUGUUGAGCUCUGGGAUCCAACCGAUUAUCCCAGAUGAGAGCUGCCCUCAGUGGUACUCUAGCGUUAGUCCAGGACAGGAACCCGUGCAGAUGACUGCCGCUCCGGGUGCAGACUACUGGGCUAAAAACAUGGUUCAAACGGUCUUAUUUGCUCAGGCUGUUAAGAAUGCUGUUUCCAACGCUGGUCCAUUUGACAUUGCGAUUGAGAUUGGGCCACAUCCAGCCCUACGAGGACCAUUCUCGCAAACUGCUGAAGCGAGUUCAGAGGAUCCUAUUCCAUAUUCAGGUUGCUUAAUGCGAGGGGUGGGCGACAUUGAAGCCUUUGCCAACGCUCUUGGACUUGUCUGGUCCCAUAUACCUCCAUCUACAGUCACCUUUGAUGCGUUUGAGCGCAUAAUCGCCCCUCAUUCAGCAAGUCGCACUUUUAUCAGGGGGCUUCCAUCGUACCCAUGGGACCAUGGACGCUCAUACUGGUUUGAAUCCAGAAUCUCAAGUGCCCACCGGUACCGCAAGCGCGCAGUCCACCCGCUCCUUGGUGUAGAGCAAGAGAAUACCACAGAAAGUGAGAUUAAGUGGCGCAACUUCCUUCGUACCAAAGAGAUCCCCUGGUUGAAGGACCACCGCAUCCAGGGGCAGCCGGUCUUUCCAGCAGCUGGCUACACUUGCAUGGCUUGGGAAGCAGCUAUGGAGAUCUCAGACGACAGGCCUGUUCAGCUUUUUGAAAUUCACAAUUUGGAAAUCGGGCAAGCUAUUCUUUUCGACGAAAACCCCAUUGGCAUGGAGAUAAUAUUCGCUGUUAACGAUAUCCAGAAAGUCCCUGAGAUCCCGGACACCCUUCAUGCUAAGUUCACAUGCCACUCAUGCAGUAGCCGUGAUAGCAAUCAACUAUUCCUCAAUGCUAAAGGGGAUCUCACGAUAACCUACGGCAACCCUUCAUUCAAUGCUCUUCCCGCCAGUCCUUUCCGGCCACCAAAUGUUAUUGACACCGAUCCUGAGGAAUUCUAUUCUUCCCUGAGCCACCUAGGGUACGGCUAUACAAAGGAAUUCAAGAGCAUUGUCUUCUUAGAAAGGAAAAGAAACUACUCCUAUGGUUUCUUCCGCAUGUCUCCAAGCGAUAUGAUCAUCCAUCCGGCAACGGUAGACACUGCCUUCCAGGCCCUGCUGGCAGCAAUGUCCUAUCCCGGCGACGGGGCCCUCUGGUCGUUACACAUGCCCGUCUCUGUGCGGCAUGUCAGGCUGAACCCAUACGUUGCAUCCUUGCUAUCUACUAAAGGCCUCGGUGAUCUUGUGUUUGAAGGGACGCUUGUGGACCGUGACUCAGUACAAAACGAAGGAAAUGUCCAGAUAUAUCCACGCGAUAUGUCCAACGCGCUUCUGCAACUAGAAGGAGUGAGGGCAAAGCCGUUCACACCUGCAACCUCGGCAGAUGACAGGAAGGUCUUUUCAAAGACAAUCUUUGACUUACUGGUUCUCGAUGGUGCUUCAAUUACAGAAGGACACAGAGCGUCGGCACAGGAAUAUGAGCUGGCCACUCUACUAGAGCGUGUUGCCCAUUUUUACCUUCGCCGCUUGCAUCACAGUAUCAACCAGCAUGACAAGGAUGGUGCCCAGUUUCAUCAUCGGUGUCUACUAACGUUCUGUGAGCAUAUAGUGAACCAGGUCUCUUCUGGUCAGCAUCCUUGGGCUAAGCCAGAUUGGGCAAAAGACACUAAGGAAGAUAUCCUUACUGUGGCAGAAAAAUAUGCACAUCUGAUUGAUCUGCGCAUCAUGCAUUCUGUUGGUGAGAAUUUGAUCUCUGUGGUACGUGGGGAGACGACCAUAUUGCAACAUUUGGCCAAGGACAACAUGCUUGAGGAAUACUAUCGCUAUUCUCUCGGUUUCCCGGUGUUGAACGGCUGGCUUGCUCGUAUGGUGAAGCAGCUGGUUCAUCGCUUUCCACGCAUGAAGAUUCUAGAAAUCGGCGCCGGAACUGGGGGUGCAACGAAGGAAAUCCUUCAAUCAGUAGGUCUCAAGUUCACUUCAUAUACAUAUACCGACAUUUCCCCUGCAUUUUUUGAUCGUGCGCAAGACGAAUUCAAGGAAUUUUCGAGUAAAAUGGAGUACCGCACACUGGAUAUCGAAUUGGACUUUACCGCUCAAGGCUAUGUGGAGCAUUCCUUUGACCUCGUUAUCGCGUCCAAUGUCAUCCAUGCCACGAAGUCGUUAGAGGAGAGUCUUCGCCAAGUCCGGGGCCUUCUUCGUCCUGGAGGCCACCUGAUGCUCCUGGAGAUCACAGAUGCUAGGCCAAUGCGAUACGGCUUUCUUAUGGGCGGACUACCUGGAUGGUGGGUAGGUCACAACGAUGGCCGUAAGCUGGGACCCACUAUUAAAACAGUUCAAUGGGAUGAGGUCCUUCACAAAGCCGGCUUCUCUGGGGUGGACGCAUUGACCCCUUCCGUUGAUCCUCUGCCGUAUCCGCUCUCUGUCAUGGCCACUCAAGCAGUCGACCAACGCAUUACCUUUCUACGGGAGCCAAUCUUCAAUUUGCCCCCCACGGAGCAGUUUGGUGACUUGCUCGUUGUGGGAGGUAGGAGCUUGCAAACAUCGAAGCUUGUUCGAAAGAUUUGCAAUGUCCUUUCUUCCAAGUUUAGGAGGAUACACUCUGUCGGCAGGCUAGACACUGUUGACCAUGUAGGUUUGCCCGUUCCGACAAACAUAAUCUAUUUAGGCGACCUCGACGAGCCAACAUUUAAUCCUGCCACCGAGCCUAAGUUCAAGGGUCUGAAGUCUCUGAUCAAUGCAGCGAAUAAUAUCGUCUGGGUAACAUCUGGCUGCCAGGGACAGGAACCCUAUAACAACAUGAGCAUUGGAUUUGGUCGGUCCUUGAUUCAUGAGGUUCCGGGAAUGCACCUACAGUUCCUCAAUGCUUUGGCACUAGCUGAGGUUGACGGGUUAUACGUUGCCGAACUGUUAUUGAAGUUGUGCGCUCUCCAAACUUGGGCGCAGCAAGGGCAAUUGGAGGACUUGGCAUGGACAUCCGAGCCAGAGAUCUACCUGCAAGAUGGGAAGGAGUAUAUCCCUCGUGUCGUGCAUGACCUGGGUCGUAACAAUCGUUAUAAUUCUAGACGGCGUCCCAUCACCAAAAAAGUUAACUCUUUGUUGUCACCUGUGGAGCUACAAAUUCGGGGUGAAUCAUACAUUCUAUCUGGAGGCUCUCACAAGCCAUCGAUAUUCCAGGCUGUGGAGAACUUGGUAACAGUUACAGUGGUACGAUCAAUAUCGGCUGCAGUAAAUGUCCAUUUGUGUGGACCUAUCUUUGUUGCGUAUGGUAUGAUCCAAGGAACCCUUGAACCGGUUGUUCUGUACACCGAGUCCAAUUCGUCAAUUGUCCGGGCCCCUCAGCACCAGGUCUUCCCAUGUAGAUUCGACACUGCAUGGCAAGGCCAGCUCCUGGAAGCGGUGGUUUGGCAGCUUAUAGCAGACCACAUCCUCUUGCAAGUACCGUCCCGUGGGACCGUUCUACUAUACCAACCCCCGAAGUCUUUGCUCUCUGUGUUGCACCUGCGAGUCAUAAAUCUUAAGGUUCAAAUCAUUGAGCUAGUCAACACACCAGCGACCAGUUCAGAACAGAUAUUUGUGCACCCAAGAACUAUGGAGCAUCACAUUGUUGAUGCUUUACCACGGGACCUAACCGUCUUUGCGGACUUCUCCACUGGCGGCAUACCUGUUCUCUUCGGAAGGCAAGUUCAGGCCUGUGUUCCUGAUAGGUGCGCUAUCAUCCGUUGGAGUGACAUAUUCUGCUCAGAAGUCAGUACCAGCGCUCAGACCAAUGCUGAUGUGCUUCAUUCCCUCUUUGAGAAGGCAAUGGCCAACGCGGCCGAACUGCUAUCUAGUGGAACUCGAAUAUACAGAAUGGAAUCCGUGGCACCCGACGGUUGCUCACACCAGGGCGUGCAAAACAGUUACCUAAAAGUUGUUGACUGGGAAACGAACCGCGAUGUGAUGGUGCCCAUUGAGACCGCAAGCGCUCAGACAACCUUCAACAGUAAUAAGACAUACUUGCUAAUUGGGCUCACGGGUGAUCUGGGUCAGUCAUUAUGCGAGUGGAUGAUUGCUCAUGGAGCUAGGACCAUCGUCCUCGUUAGUCGGAAACCUCGGAUAGCCCAAGAAUGGCUAGAAAUGCAGAGCACGAAAGCCGCUCAGGUCCAUGUCUACUCUGUUGAUGUGACCAAACGACGAAGCAUCAAUGAGCUGUACCAAAAGCUUAUCAGAGAACUCCCACCUGUAGCUGGAGUUGUCAAUGCCGCAAUGGUCCUGCAGGAUUCAUUGUUUUCAAACACGAGCGUGGAUAUGCUGAAGGCUGUUCUAAUGCCUAAGGUUGACGGAAGUAGGCACUUGAGCGAGUUGUUCCAGGACCCUGGACUUGACUUUUUCAUCCUUUUCUCAUCCCUCAGUGUUGUGGGUGGAAAUAGCGGCCAAAGCAGCUAUACUGCUGCAAACGCAUACCUUACAGCUCUAGCCGACCAAAGAAGAAGCCAAGGGCUCCCAGCAUCUGUCAUGGAUCUCGGACCUGUGCUUGGCUUAGGGUAUAUCACGCGUGCUGGCCAGUUAACCUCGGAUGAUAUCCACGCCUACGGCGCUUACCCGAUCUCUGAACAGGAUUUCUUAGAGCAUUUUGCAGAGGCUGUGUUGGCAAGCCCUGUCAUACACGGCGCUAACUAUGAAAUCAUCUCUGGCAUUCGAGAGGUAGACCCAGUGGUCGAUGAUAGGGUGUCCUGGAUCCACAACCCCCGACUCUCUCAUUUGCUGGCCGAUAGAGGUCGAAUUACAGCAGGCCCUGAAGAAAGGAUACGUAUUUCAGUCAAGGAGCAAUUACUCGACGCAAAUACAACACAAGAAGCCAGGGAAAUGAUUCAGGACGCAUUCACGGCCCGACUGCUAGUCUUGCUUCAGCUUCCCGCAGAAGGCCUGGACAACCAAGUACCCCUAAUAGAACUUGGGCUUGACUCUCUGGUUGCGGUUGAGGUACGUUCUUGGUUCAUGAAGAAUAUCAAUGUGGAUAUACCUGUGUUAAAGGUUCUCGGUGGAUCAACAAUACCCGAUAUUGUCGACCUGGCACUGCAACAGUUGCCUCAAGAUACGAUUCCGAAACAGGCCAGAGAUGAGAAAGUCGUGAUGGUGACAACACCAAGACGCCCAGAAACUGAGGAAGUAUCGAUUUCAAGCUCAACGGACACCAGUGCACCCAUGCUCACCGCUUCUGCCACCAGCGACGAUUACACGGAACCUUCCACGUCGGACAAUGAGGAUAAUAGUCGUUUCACGCCUACUUCGAGCCCCAGUGCCGGAGAUGCAGCCUGUAUAACUGAGCUAUCACUCGAAAGACAGGAGAGAAUGUCGUUUGCACAGUCGAGGUUUUGGUUUGUACGGCACCACCUUCAAGAUCCAACGACGUUCAACAUCACUUUCUGUCAUCGGUUGGAAGGAAACCCACAUAUCGAGGAAAUGGCCCAGGCUUUUAUUACGCUUGGAGUCCACCACAAGGGACUGAGAACCUGUUUCUUUGAAGGAGGCCCAGACGGUAAUCAGCCAAUGCAGGGUGUGAUGAAGGAGUCACGCCUCCGGCUUGAACUACGCCAUAUCACGACUGGCGAAGAAGUCAACACCGAGUUCUCUCGGCUAAAGCACCACGUCUAUGACCUGGAAAGCGGAGAUACUAUGCGAGCCGUCUUACUGACAAUAGACCCACAAGUCCAUUAUCUGAUUGUCGGGUAUCAUCACAUUGCUAUGGAUGGUGUGGGGUUUGCGGGCUUCUUACAAGAGCUCCUUCAGCUCCAAGGCCAGCGUCGUCCACCCCCGAUUCAACACCAAUACAUCUAUUACUCCGAGAGGCAGCAUGAAGCAUACGAGAGUGGCCAGAUGGCCCAUGAGCUCGAGUACUGGCGUAAAGAGCUGGCAAACCCGCCCCAACCGCUACCUAUCCUGCCCUUUGCUAAAACCAAAUUUCGCCGGCCACUUAAGGCAUAUCAGCACUAUGUCAGCACGUUCCGACUGAAUCCAGUCCUUACCGCACGUAUUAAACGCAGAUGUCGCAACUUCCAUGUUACGAGCUUCCAUUUCUACUUGACAGUGUUACAAACUAUGCUGUUCAGGCUCUUAGAGAUGGAUGAUCUUUGUAUUGGAAUUGCUGAGUCAAAUCGAACAGACAAGGACCUACUGCGAACAAUGGGAGUCCUCGUGAAUCCGUUAGCAGUGCGGUUCUCUCGCGAUAUGGAUCAGUCUUUCGGUGAUGCUGUGCGAGUCACUCGUGGCAAGGCCUAUUCUGCACUUGAGCAUGCCACCCUCCCUUUCGAUGUUUUGCUAACGGACCUGCACAUUCCGCGAUCUGCUGAGUAUUCGCCCCUCUUCCAAGUGUUCUUUGACUUCCGAACAGGAGUGCAGGAGAGAUUGGUGCUAGGGGACUGUCAGGUGCAGAGAACGCACUGGGACUAUGGAAGGACAGGAUAUGAUAUCAAUUUAGACGUCAUGGAAAACACUGACGGGGACGCUGUAGUCUCCCUGAGCGUGCAGAAGAGUCUAUAUUCACAGGAAGAUGCUGAUUUAUUGGGCCGAGCUUUCCAAAAUCUAGUCGCGAACUUCGCCACAAGUCCUGCCCAGCGCCUACCUGAAGGCAGUUUGUUCGCAAAUGAGGAUAUUGAGAAAGCCAUCACCAUUGGUAGCGGGCAUUAUAUUCAGUUCAAUUGGCCGAACAGCAUAAGUGAAUGCAUCAACCAUCAUGUAGCAGUCGUUCCCGACUCAAUUUCCAUCCAGGAUGAUGGUAAUAAGAAUGGGAUUACAUAUCGUGCUUUAGGAAAUCGUUCCAAUCACAUCACAUUGUUCUUGCGUGGACUAGAACUCCCAGCCGGAAGCAGGGUCAGUGUCAUUCAGGAACCUGGUGUAGACCACAUUUGCUCUAUGCUGGCCACUUUUCAACUUGGCAUGGUCUACGUUCCCGUCGAUCUCAGGCAGCCUCUUUCACGAUUGCGCGAACUACUGGAUGACUGUCAGCCCAGCGUUAUCUUAUGUCACAAGGCCACUGCCGAGUUGGCCGAAUCGUUGUCGUCGGAAAAGACUUCGAUAGUCAAUGUCUCUGAUAUUAGCAGCAGCCAAGACAUGAAGCCCGCAUCGCCUGUCGACCCGAGCCUUCCCGCCAUGAUUCUCUACACCAGUGGAUCGACAGGAAAGCCGAAGGGAAUUAUCCUAUCCCAAGCUACCCUCUGCCAACACCUUGAAGGCAUGGCAAAAACACUGGGCUUGGGGAAAGAGACCAUUCUCCAGCAAAGCGCGCCCACAUUUGACCUUGCUAUCAGUCAGACACUCAUGGCACUCUGCACGGGAUGCACUCUCAUUGUUGUGCCACAAUCCAAGAGAGGCGAUGCAUUUCAGAUUACUCAACUGAUGGUGCAGGAAGGAAUUACAUUCACUUUUGCCACGCCGUCUGAAUACGCCUCUUGGCUCCGACAUGGCCAUGAACAACUGCAAUAUUUAAAAACAUGGAAAUUUGCUCUCAGUGGAGGUGAAAUUCUGACCCCGAGACUGGUAGAUGAAUUUAACUCUCUCUGUGGUUGCACCCCGCAGAUAAUCAACGUCUACGGACCCGCAGAAAUUACCAUCGCCAGUCACUGUAUUUCUGUCCAAAACUCUUCUCAUGAUGAAGUGCUUUCUGUGGGAAAGCCUCUGCCAAAUUAUACCACUUACAUUAUGGAUGAGAACAUGAAGCCCUUGCCUAUCGGAUAUCCCGGAGAAAUUUACAUCGGGGGCUGUGGUGUGUCCAUUGGGUACCUAAACCAUGCCCAGUUGACGCAUUCGAAGUAUAUAGCAGACCCAUUCAUAUCUGAGGAACAUUCCUCCCGAGGCUGGACACGAUUCCAUCGUACAGGCGACCGUGGCCGGCUGGCAAGUGAUGGCUCUUUGCACUUUGAAGGUCGGAUCGGGAGUGACACAAUCGUGAAAUUGAGAGGGAUCCGUAUAGAGCUGGAAGAUAUCGAGAGCACCAUAGUCCAGCAGGCCAAAGGUAUUAUCGAGCAAGCUGUUGUGUCAGUACGUGGAAAUCCGGAGUUCCUCAUCGCUCAUGUAGUAUUCUCGCGCGAGAGAGCGGAUCUUGAUCGAAACUAUUUCUUGAAGGGUUUGCAGUCUAGCCUUGCCCUUCCACAAUAUAUGCGUCCAGCAUUGAUCAUCGAGCUUGAGCAACUCCCUGUCAAUGCUCAUUUUAAGACAGACAGAUCCGCAGUUGCAGAGUUGGAAUUGCCAUCGAUCAACCGAAUCGCAGACACAGACCAAUCUCAACUAUUAACGGAUGCCGAGAAGGCUCUCAAGGGAGUUUGGGAUGAAGUCCUUCCAAUUGAAUUGAUCAAUAUGAUAGAUGCACAGCCAGAUCAAACAUUCUUCGAAGCAGGCGGAAACUCGCUUCUCCUGAUCAAACUUCAAGAUCUAGUCAGACGACGUUUCUCGGCUGUCCUCUCUUUAGAAGAGCUAUACGAAGCAAGUACUCUGAAGCUCAUGGCUCAGCGCAUCGAGAACGCACAUCAGGACGCAAAAAUAGAUUGGGGCCAAGAAACCUCAACUUCAACUUUAACACUAGUGUCUAUCCCCACGAGGACUUGCAAGCCGAGAGAUAACGGGGCAGUUGUCAUUCUGACUGGUGCCACGGGGUCUCUUGGCUCUAGACUAUUGGCGCAGCUAAUGGGCGACUCUCGAGUUUCCCAGAUUCGUUGUGUAGCAGUCCGCCGACAGUUUGAGAGUCCUGGAGAGCCAGGCAAGGUGUCCUACUACGCAGGGGAUCUCAGCAAGCAAUAUCUGGGUCUGCCAAAGAAUGUUUUUGAACAGCUGUCUGGCGAAGCCGACGUCAUAUUGCAUGUUGGGGCAGACCGCUCUUUCUGGGACCGCUACCAAGCGAUGCGAGGACCGAAUGUCAAUUCUACCAGGGCACUUGUCGCCCUUGCUGCACCACGACGAGUUCGAAUCCACUAUAUAUCCUCUGGGGGCGUGUUCUCCACCCAUCAGGGAGAUAUGAAAGAUUUCCCAACGCCAUUUCCUGUGCCAUGUUCUCAAUUACCUCCUAACGACGGAUCAAACGGGUACCUAGCAACGAAAUGGGCUAGUGAAAAGAUUUUGGAAAAUGCAGCUGAGCAGCUCAGUAUCCCCGUGACUAUCCAUCGCCCCCUCCACGUAGCACCCAAGACCAUGUCUGACGAGCAUGAGGAGGCACUGGCUGAAUUGCGUGCAAUAAAUAAGAAACACAACAUCACCAUAAAAUCAUCCAAUAUCCGUGGCCACAUGGACCUUGUUAAAGCCGACGAAGUCGCGAGCAACAUAGUGACAACCAUGUUCGCACCUGCUGGACUCACCGCGCCCAUGGAUUCCGCAGCUGCGCAGCUCGCGACCAAUGAACGUUACCCUGUGUCUUACGUUCAUCACCAAAGCUCUGUUCGCCUCACAGUUGAGGACCUGGCUAGUAUCUGGGAACAGAGCUUGGGAGAGAAGGAAGGAGCGAAAUUCCUAUCGGGACCGGAAUGGAUUGGGUUCGCCAAACGAGUUGGUUUCUCGUACAUCGUUGCGUCUCAGAACUUUCAAAUUGAGAGCGGUGCUGAUGAGGCUCCCCUUGUGUCUCAGCGAUGA